AAUCAUCACUUGGCCGGCCAGGGACUCCAUCAGUCCAUGAUCCACGGAUUUCUACAACAUAGAAGUCGUGUCUCCUCUUUCAAAGUAGGUUUUUGUAGAGUGCACGAAAAUGGUGUGGAUUGGGAUUUCGUCGCUCUUCCUGGCAUUGUUGCCGCUUGCCCUGACACAGGAUCAGUGCGAAGUCUCACGUCUUGUGAAGUCUCCACGCCGCACAGCUCCGCACAUAGAGGACUCGGCGCGACCUGAAAUCACCAAUGGCCAGGCCUGCGGCAGUGAUCCUCGCCGAGAGUCGCGUCGAAUGAGGCUCAACAUCAACGUCCAAAGCGCGUCGUGUGAACCAGUGGCAAACGCCCGGAUAUUCCUCAGCCAAGCUGACUCCCAUGGCAAUGAGCUUGCCGACUGCGGGGGAGAAAUAUCAACAUUGUCUUAUGGAAGUGGCAGCGUUAUGACCGUCACACCUGGUCGCUACCACGACAUUAAGCACCCCGGGUCCAAACGCCCGCGUCUGUUUCAGCUGGAAGUCAGAGCACCAGCUGGCUGUGCGUACGCAGGACUUGAGGAGGACGAGCCAUACUUUACCCAGUUUUAUUUUCGCAAGGACAAAACUCGUCACUCCGACCCGUGCCCGAACGAUCAGUGCCAUGCCGACAAGCCGAAACAGAUCCUCACCUGCAGCCGCAUUGCUGGACUUCGGCAGUGCACAGCACGAAUCACUGUGCCGCAAGUAUUGUGCGAACAUGCCCCAACUUUCUCACGUUCCAUGCCCACACGCGCUAUGCCAGUGGAACCGGUGACUACAGAGCCAGUAUGCACUCGUCCAAGUGCCACCCAGUGGGACACGCCUGGACCGUUCUACAUAGACAACCAGCCGUACCGCAACCCGAUGUGCUCUGAGGAUAUCAACCACGCAAGCACGACGAAGCUCAAGCUCCACGUGCGUCUGACCGAUCGAUCGUGUCGCACGCUCACGGGAUUUAAUAUCGAUGUAUGGUCCGCUAACAGCCAGGGACAAUACGUUCCGUACUGUCGCUCUCUUCUUCCCACUAACGGCUCAGGAAUGUUUACGCUAGACACUCUGAAGCCAGGGAGGUACCCUGGCCGGCCACAGCAUCUGCACUUUCUCGUCCAUGGCACAAAGGUGGGAAAUAUGUGCUACAGAGAGUUCACAACGCAAUCCUACUUUCCGGAGAGAUUCGACUAUUCAGCACUUGUCAAGUCUUGCAGGGAUCGCACUGCCGCAGGAGGCACUUCCACUGACCUGGAAUGCGACUUCCCAAUUAUCCUCAACGACCCACGGCCGUGCUGAAUAUCGGGCCUGUGUUAUGAAAACACAAUACUCUGCUUAUCUGUUGCCGUUCGCCACUAUGCCACUACUAUAAGUGUGUGUUAUGUGUUGCUAAAUACUCUGUGCAAUUUCGCCAUGUACCGGGCAUGGAACAGAUGACCUAAUUCCUCUCUUAUUCUAUGUCUGGUAGUGUAAGGCUGGCUGUUGAUGGCAUGGAUCCAUUUUGUCAACCGUUGAAUGAAUCUUCCUACGCACAAAUUGCCGAAAUCAUGAUCACAUGAUCACAUGAUCACAUUAACCAUAGUCACUUUAAAAUAUUCAAUGCCGUAAAUAUACAAAAUUUCGGCGCUGCAAAAUUUCGGCACUUCACGAUUUUUGACAUUUCGGCGGCGAUUUAUUUUCGGCGUGGGGUAGAGGGCACGGUAUAGUGCGACAGAUGCUGUGAAAAAUUUCAUCGGCGUUUUAAUUUAGGCGUUUUGGGUAGGUGCCGAAUAUAGCCGAAAUUAAAUAGCUGCCGAAAAUUUGUAUAUUUACAGUAGUCAAUCAUAGAAGCCAUAGCCAUAGUAGUAAUAUUCGUCGGGGUGCUUUCAAAUCAUAGGGUCUUUAUCCCUGCAGUUAACCAGUAAGUCCCUGCCACUGGAUUUACCGGGUGCUAGCGGCCGUCGUGAGUUCCCAAGGGGAAUGGACAGGAGCAUUUACUCCUUUAUUUUUUUUUACAAAAAUUGCGCCUGUUGCUUGGA